UUUCUUGCCGUCUUGAUCCGCAGCCACACCCAUCCCCCACUACAAGCGCCGCAGCAGAAACCCCAGCCGCCAUGGCAUCCUCCUCCUGGACCUCGGCAUCCUGGUCGCCGGACGCCCUCCUCGACGAACCCACCCACGACAGGGCUCCCCGCGCCAGCGACGCCGACGGAGGCGACGACGACGUCUCGGCCGAGCGGGUCACCUCGCGGCUGCGCAAGCGAGGAGCCCUGAAGAUCCUCUGCAAGAAUUACUCCAUCCCCGACGGCUUCGCCCCGGUCCUCGCCGGCGACCGCUCCUCGUGCUCGACGCCGCCGCCCGGGUCCGUCUGCGUGUACCUCGACUCGCUGGACGCCGGGAUGCGCCUGCCCCUCCACCCCUUCUUCGCCGCGGUGCUCAACCACUUCGGGCUCGCCCCGGGCCAGCUCUCGCCCAACGGCUGGCGCGCCAUGGCGGGCUUCGUCGUGCUCUCCCACUCCGCCGGCGUGGAGCCGUCGCUCGCCGUGUUCCGGCACUUCUUCGCGCUCUGCACGUUCCCGCCGCACGGCUUCUACACCCUCCGUGGCAAGGACGCCAACGGCCUGCUCUUCGUCCGGAUCCGGGCCAAGUUUAUCAAGGGGUGGAAGGAGGAUUUCUUCUUCUUGGAGUCGUCGGCGCCGUGGCCGUGCCCGGUGGAGUGGGGGGAGCCUUCCCGGUCCUCCACCUUCGACCCAUCGCUCACCGUGCAGGAGAAGGCCGUGGCGGACAGCCUGCUGCGUGCUCGAGGGAGUUCCCCGAUAGAUCUCUUCGCGUAUCUCAACCACCGCAACAUGGCCGCAGCUAAGAUCAUCGGGGUGCCACUGCCACUGCCAUCUCCGCCGCCAACUCCUAAAGUCGCGCCUGUUCAUGCCGCCAUGAAAGAAGCCGCGUGCGCGUCGGCAGCAGGGAAGGUGUCGGUGAAGAGCGAGCCGGACUGCAAGGUGCCUCCUUCUCCUCGUGCGCCGUCGCUUGGGAAGAAGAGGAAACCGGGGGAGGACCGUGCGGACGGCGAGAGCUCGGCGUCGUACCCCUCUUGCCCGCCGGGCUUCUUCGCCCCCUGCAAGUCGCCGACCACGACAGGCAAAGAUGGUGACUGGAAGGCGGCGAGGCGGCUGUUGCAGGGCACCGUGACGCCGUCGCGGGAGCGCGAGCUCGCCGCGUCCAAGCCGUCCGACGUCGUCGCCAAAACCUACGUGUCGCUGCUCCAGACGGCGAACGAGGUGGCCUUCUCGCUGGGUUACGCUCUGGAGCUGGAGGAGAAGCUGAGGGCGCGCGAGCGCAAGACGGACGCGCUCCGGGUGGAGUUUGAUAGGAAGCUGAAGGCGCGGGAGACCGAGGCGGACGCGCUGCGGGCGGAGCUGCGCAAGGCGAAGGCCGAGCUCGACGAGACCAAGGCAGGCGCGGGGAGGGCGGCGCCGGAGCGGGAGGAGCUGUGCAAAAACAUGAAGGCGCGGGAGCGCGACACCGCCGAGGCGGACGCGCUGCGGGCGGAGCUGCGCAAGGCGAAGGCCCUGCUCGCCGAGGCCAAGGCGGACGCGGGGAUCGCGGCGGCGGCGGUGCGUGGGCUCCGGGAGGAGCUGGACAGGAAGCUGAUGGCGCGGGAGCGCGAGGCCGCCGAGGCGGACGCGCUGCGGGCGGAGCUGCACAAGGCGAAGACGGAGCUCGCCGCGACCAAGGUGGACGCGGAGAGGGCGGCGGCGGCGACGUGGUUCUGGGGGUCCAGCAGGGAGCACGCGCGCGCGCUGGCGGAGCGUGAGCGGCGCGGGUACGAACACGGCCUGGAGGACAUGAAGCGCGCCGCGCUUAGCCGCUACCCGUACCUCGACCCGGCGCGGCUCGUCGUGCCGCUCUGA